AUCAUCAGUGCACACGGGCCCCAAGACUUGGCCCUUUUUCACCCUAAAACCGGAACCAACGGCGGGACUUCUCACUCGCGAGAAAGAACGAGAUCGCGAAAGAGGAAUUGUGCUAGGGUUUCACUUCUAGCCCCCAAUCUCAGAAAGGAAACAGGAACAAAGAUGUCUCCAGUGGAAGCUUCUCGGGAGGACAAUGUUUACAUGGCUAAGCUGGCUGAGCAAGCAGAGAGGUAUGAGGAAAUGGUUGAGUUCAUGGAAAAGGUUGUCAAGGCAGUUGACACUGAGGAGCUCUCUGUUGAGGAGCGGAACCUCCUCUCCGUGGCCUACAAGAACGUCAUAGGUGCUCGUCGUGCUUCAUGGCGCAUCAUCUCCUCUAUUGAGCAGAAGGAGGAGAGUCGUGGGAAUGAGGACCAUGUUACUUUGAUCAAGGAAUACCGUGGAAAGAUUGAGGCUGAGCUCAGCAAGAUAUGUGAUGGCAUCCUUAAACUGCUUGAUUCUCAUCUCAUCCCAUCGUCCACUGCUGCGGAAUCGAAGGUUUUUUACCUUAAGAUGAAGGGUGACUACCACAGGUACCUUGCAGAGUUUAAGACUGGAGCUGAGAGAAAGGAGGCUGCAGAGAGCACUCUUUUGGCAUAUAAAUCUGCACAGGAUAUUGCUUUGGCUGAACUGGCUCCUACUCAUCCAAUAAGGCUUGGGCUUGCUCUUAACUUCUCGGUCUUCUACUAUGAGAUCUUGAACUCACCAGAUCGUGCAUGCAAUCUUGCAAAGCAGGCCUUUGAUGAGGCAAUCUCAGAGCUGGACACUCUGGGUGAGGAAUCGUACAAGGACAGCACAUUGAUCAUGCAGCUUCUUCGGGACAAUCUCACUCUAUGGACCUCUGAUAUUACGGAGGACGCUGGGGAUGAGAUUAAAGAGGCCCCGAAAGGUGAAUCAGUGGAGGGGCACUGAUCUCUGGAACCAAUCAAAGAUCUUAGAAUAUGAUGAGCAUAAUUAGUAGCUGUACCUGAUAUCCAGAACCAUAUGCAGUUCAACAUUUGUUGCUCAAAGGACUGCUUAGUGGUGUGUUUGAAGUUUGAACCUUAGUGUGACCUUUAAGUUAAAUUUGUUCUACAGAUUGUUCUUCUUGGUUCUGCUGCAUCCCUGAGCAUCAUCUUCUUGUUUUUUUCCUUGAUUGCUUUGCUUUCUUUCUUUAUUGUCUCAUGGAUGCCUGGACCUCAAUUAGCUCAUCAAAUGCAAAGUGAUCAGUGUCGUUUGACAUUCGGUGUUGUCACCGAAUUCUGGUGAUUAAUAAUGUUUUUUCUGUCAUUCCUUGAUUGUUUGUUGUUGAAGUUUAAACAUGUGUUAUGUGAGACCAAAGUUGUCUUAUUUUAUUGGUCCUAGGAGAAAUAUUGUAAACUCAGUUGCAAUUUUUCAUCUGAAGUCUUUGGCUA